GCGCCCAUGGAGCCGCGACUGUCGGCUCGACUGACGGCUAUGGCGCCACUGCUGGAAUACGAGCGGCAGCUGGUGCUGGAACUCCUCGAUACGGACGGGCUGGUAGUGUGCGCCCGCGGGCUGGGCGCCGACAGGCUCCUCUACCACUUCCUCCGGCUGCACUGCCACCCGGCCUGCCUGGUGCUGGUGCUCAACACGCAGCCGGCCGAGGAGGAGUAUUUUAUCAAUCAGCUGAAGAUAGAAGGAGUGGAACACCUCCCUCGCCGUGUAACCAAUGAAAUCGCAAGCAACAGUCGCUAUGAGGUUUACACACAAGGAGGUGUGAUAUUUGCGACAAGUCGAAUACUUGUGGUUGAUUUCUUGACUGAUAAAAUACCUUCAGAUUUAAUUACCGGCAUCUUGGUGUAUAGAGCUCACAGAAUAAUCGAGUCUUGUCAAGAAGCGUUCAUCUUGCGCCUCUUUCGCCAGAAAAAUAAACGUGGUUUUAUUAAAGCUUUCACAGACAACGCUGUUGCCUUUGAUACUGGUUUCUGUCAUGUGGAAAGAGUGAUGAGAAAUCUUUUUGUUAAGAAGCUGUAUCUGUGGCCAAGGUUCCAUGUAGCAGUUAACUCAUUUUUAGAGCAGCACAAACCUGAAGUGGUAGAAAUUCAUGUUUCUAUGACACCAGCCAUGCUUGCCAUACAGACUGCUAUACUGGACAUUUUAAAUGCGUGUCUAAAGGAACUAAAAUGCCAUAACCCGUCGCUGGAAGUCGAAGAUUUAUCGUUAGAGAAUGCUAUUGGAAAACCCUUUGACAAGACAAUCCGCCAUUAUUUAGAUCCUUUGUGGCACCAGCUUGGAGCCAAGACUAAAUCCUUGGUUCAAGAUUUGAAGAUACUACGAACUUUACUGCAGUAUCUCUCUCAGUAUGAUUGUAUCACAUUCCUUAAUCUUCUGGAAUCUCUAAGAGCAACCGAGAAGGCUUUUGGUCAAAAUUCAGGUUGGUUAUUUCUUGACUCCAGCACCUCAAUGUUUGUAAAUGCUCGAGCAAGGGUUUAUCGUGUUCCAGAUGCCAAAAUGAGUAAAAAAGGCAAGAUGACUGAAAAAGUGGAGAUUAAAGAAGAACAAGAAACAAAAAAGGAACUGGUCCUAGAAAGCAACCCAAAGUGGGAAGCGCUGACCGAAGUACUAAAAGAAAUUGAGGCAGAAAAUUCGGAGAGUGAAGCCCUUGGUGGUCCAGGUCAGGUCCUCAUUUGUGCAAGCGAUGACCGAACAUGUUCCCAGCUGCGAGAGUACAUUGCUAUCGGAGCAGAGGCCUUUUUGCUGAGACUCUACAGGAAAGCUUUUGAGAAGGAUAGCAAAGCUGAAGAAGUGUGGAUGAACUUCAGAAAGGAGGAUGGCUCAAUGAGAAUUACGAAAUCUAACAAAAGACCCAAAGACCCCCAAAACAAAGAAAGAGCUUCUACCAAAGAAAGGACUCUCAAAAAGAAAAAACGAAAGUUGACAUUAACUCAAAUGAUGGGGAAAUCUGAAGAACUUGAAGAGGAAGAGGAUGGCAAUGAAGGAUAUCCUAGAGACUUAUCCGGUAGCCCAGAAAGCGGCUUAGAAGAAAUUAAGCACGAGGAGUUUGAUUUAAACUUGUCAUCCGAUGCUGCUUAUGGAAUUCUGAAAGACCCCCUCACUAUCAUCCAUCCACUUCUGGGCUGUAGCGACCCCUACGCUCUGACAAGGGUACUCCACGAAGUAGAGCCAAGAUACGUGGUUCUGUAUGAUGCAGAGCUAACAUUCGUUCGUCAGCUGGAGAUUUACAGGGCGAGUAGACCCGGGAAACCUCUCAGGGUUUACUUUCUUAUCUAUGGAGGUUCGACCGAGGAACAACGUUAUCUCACUGCUUUGCGGAAAGAAAAGGAAGCUUUUGAAAAACUCAUAAGGGAAAAGGCAAGCAUGGUCAUCCCCGAAGAAAGGGAGGGCAGAAGUGAAGCAAACCUGGACCUGGUAAGAGGCUCCGUGUCUACGGAUGUUCCCGACACUCGGAAAGCAGGUGGCCAAGAACAGAAACGCACCCAGCAAAUUAUAGUGGUGGAUAUGCGUGAGUUUCGAAGUGAACUCCCGUCUCUGAUCCAUCGCCGGGGCAUUGACAUCGAGCCAGUGACCUUGGAGGUCGGCGAUUACAUUCUGACCCCAGAAAUGUGCGUGGAGCGCAAGAGCAUCAGUGACCUGAUCGGCUCUUUAAACAACGGCCGCCUGUACAGCCAGUGCGUCUCCAUGUCCCGCUACUACAAGCGGCCAGUGCUGCUGAUCGAGUUUGACCCCAGCAAGCCUUUCUCCCUCAUUGCCCGAGGUGCCUUCCACCAGGAGAUCUCCAGCAACGACAUCAGCUCCAAACUCACGCUCCUCACCCUUCACUUCCCCCGACUCCGGAUUCUCUGGUGCCCCUCCCCUCACGCCACCGCCGAGUUGUUUGAGGAGCUGAAACAAAAUAAGCCACAGCCUGAUGCAGCGACAGCCAUGGCUGUCACAGCAGAUUCUGAAACCCUCCCCGAGUCGGAAAAGUAUAGUCCCGGCCCCCAGGACUUCUUGUUAAAAAUGCCAGGGGUGAAUGCCAAAAACUGUCGCUCCUUGAUGAGCCACGUCAAGAACAUUGCAGAACUAGCCAGCCUGUCACAAGACAAGCUGGCGAGUGUCCUGGGGAAUGCUGCAAACGCCAAGCAGCUUUAUGACUUCAUUCACACCUCUUACGCGGAGAUUCUGUCGAAAGGGAAAAUGAAAAAGUGAACAAGGGUGGCUGUUUUCUUACCCCGUGGCUGCUUUUCAACUGCCCUUUGCCAGCCAUAAUAGUUCAUUAUUAAUUAUUAGCUCAGUAUUUCACCCUCUUCCAAUGUUUUUAACGAUUGUGCUGUGUCCUGGUUCAGUGGAUCAGAAGCCAAGGUUCCUCCUGAACUUUGCAUUUAAGCACCUUGUUACCUUCCUCGUGCCAGCUCUCCUCCCUCCCCUCGCCGCCCGCGCCAGGGCUCGUGUUGUUUUCAAACGAGGUGUGUCAGGAUCAGGUAGUGUUCCUGCAAGUGCUUCUGGAAGGCCACUUGUGAGACCAGCUGAAAUGUGUGUCUCCUGCACAGACUGGUAACACACAGCCGUUCUCUCCCCUGUCUGCAGAGGAGCCCCUGAGCACUGAGGAGGACGCACCUCUGCCGGUCCUGACCGGUUUCCCUCCACAUCCUCCUCAGCUGCAGACUUCUCCCCCCGGCCGCCUCGGAGGGCGCUCAUGGGGACACCCUCUCCUAUACAAGACGGCCCCCCUAAAACUGACUGAUUCCUUUUCUAGGCACCUGAAUAGAUGUAGCUGUAGCAUUCAGUUGUUCGAAACCAGUCUUUUUAAAACAAAAUGAAUUACCUAUUUACAGAAUUUUACGGGGAGGUGAGGAACCUUUAGAAUUCUGUUUCUAAUGAGAUAGUUAACCUCCUUAAGAUUUGGUUUUCCUUCCUUAAGUUGAGAUAAAAGGACUGUAA